AUGUGGAGGUUUGCGUGUGACGUCCUGUGUUGUAAGUUGGUUACUGUUGCUAGAUUACGUUUCAAAAAGCGAAAUGGAUUAAAAGUUGAAAGCUCAGGCGAAACGAAAUUUUUAAUUAAUGUUUCUCUCUCUCUCUCUCUCUCUCUCUCUCUCUCUCGUUUAAGAAAACGCGAUUGGAGGAAUUCGAAAUUUCAUUCUGCUGACUCUUCAAAAUUAGAAGAAUCCAGCAACCAAUUUCUUUCAAUGCUUCUUUCAUUUCUCUAUAAUUUGUCUCUUUCUAUCCGGUUUUCUGACAGUUCUUUUUUAAUCCUCCUCGUAUUUUCUUUUUUACUUCACUAUCUAUCUAUCUAUCUAUCUAUCUAUCUAUCUAUCUAUCUAUCUAUCACUGUCUGUCUAUCUAUCUAUCUAUCUAUCUAUCUAUCUAUCUAUCUAUCUAUCUAUCACAGUCUGUUUAUCUAUCUAUCUAUCUAUCUAUCUAUCUAUCUAUCUAUCUGA